CGUGGUAAACUAUUUUGCUGGCCGUGUCUCUUGUUUCAAAAUCCUAGUGAUAAAUGCGUGUGGAUAAAGGAUGGAUAUGGAGAUUUGAACCAUCUUUCCUCGGCCAUGAAGGGGCAUGCAGCGACUAAAGAGCAUAUUAACAACGCUAUGGCACACCGCACGUUUGGAAGAACGAGGAUUGAUGAGGCGCUGGAUCAUGCACACGAAAUUGCAAGGAAAAACCAUAACGCUCAAGUGAAAAGAAAUAGGGAAGGAAUGACAACAUUGAUUGAUUUAACAUGUUUCCUUGGCUCGCAUGGUCUAAGCUUUCGAGGUCAUAACGAACAACACGAUUCCGUCAAUAAAGGCAACUAUAAGGAUCUCUGUGAAUUCAUAGCAUCCAGAGACGUGGCCUUCGCUGAUUUCGUCAACAACAAUUCAGUGUUUUCGGGAACAUCCGCUUCCAUUCAGAACGAGCUUAUAGAAGUCAUUGGAUCUUUUAUGAUUGAAGAAAUCUUCCGGGAAGUGCAAAAUGCUGAAUUUAUUUCUGUGAUGGUCGAUGAAACCACUGAUGUUGCGAGAAAAUCUCAGUUGGCUACGACUUUUCGAUAUUGUUUGAAAGAUGGUACGCCCGUUGAAAGAUUCGUGGAUUUGUGUGAUGCAAGCAACGACAAAACCGCUGUAGCCCUUGCCAGAGAAGUAGUUUCGUUGUUGGAAAAAUUCAGCGUGACCCCUGAAAAAUUGGUAGCACAGACAUACGAUGGAGCUCAUGUUAUGUCGGGUGUUGCUGGCGGAACGCAAGCGAUCGUCAAAAAAUUAUACCGUGAUGCCGACUACAUACUUUGUAAGGCCCAUGUUUUAAAUCUUGUUUUGCUGCACGCUUGCAACUACCAAGAUACAAGAAAGUUUCUCACUACACUGUCUACACUGGCUUCGUUCUUUACUCAAAGUCCUAAAAGAGAUUCAGAAUUGAAAAACUACAUCCAGCGUAAAAUUCCAAACGUUUGUAAAGUGAAGUGGGCAUAUACAUCCAGAAUGGUUAAUAUUGUAGAAGCUCACUAUUCUGAACUAACCACGUGUUUGGGCGAAAUGUAUCUCGGAAACAUUAAAUGGGACGGCGAAACUUGUUCCCUAGCAAGGGGGUUACACAGUUUCAUGCUUGAAUUUGACACCAUCUUUUAUUUGAAAGUAUUUUCGGCAGUAUUUUCGUUCACUGAUAUUUUGUAUCAAACUCUUCAAACGAAGGAACUUGACUACAUUGAAUGCGGCAAAAGCGUGAGAAAUACUCAUGAAAACAUUAGUAAUUUACAGACGGACAAGAAGUACAAAGCGAUCUGGCAGGAAUGCUUGGAAAUUACUGGUGAAACAUCCGACGGAAAUCGAUACGACCAAUACUUCAAGAAAUAUAACGCAGUGAUCACACGUAUAAUUUCUGAAUUUGACCAACGUUUUGCUGACUUAAUUUGA